GUCUCUCUCUUUCACGACCUCCUCCUCUACUAGUGCUCCCUCCUUUGUCUCUCUCUAUAAGGAAAAGAAAAAGAGGCUCCAAGAAACGGAGACCAGGCUUUGCCAAUCCUACGCUGCAAACCGCCGCAGAACUCGGAUGAGCCACUCCCCGCCCCGCCGCCAUAGCUAUUAUUGAAAUUUUGGUUCAACAUACUAGAUAGGAGCAAUGUCGGUGACUGCAGGUGUUAGUGACACUGUGAUUGCCAUUAGGGAUAAGCUGAGAGGUAAAAUUGGACAGACUAAAGUUAAAAGGUAUUGGCCUGGAAAAGCUCCUGAGUGGGGAGAUGAUGCCGACGAAGAUGGCGAUAUUAGGGUGUCCGCGGCUGCCUCCCUGGAGAAAGCCUUCCCCACUCAGGAUUAUUCCGAUAUUGCAAGGAAAGAUGAUCCUAGGCUGCGUCGUUUGGCUGAGAGCAGGAUAGAUAAUCGCGAGGAUGUUAGGGCUGAUCACAGGCGUAUCCGCCAGGCUGAAAUUGUUUCAACUAUUGAAGAGGAAGCCAGGAGGCAGGAAGGGAUAGAUGCCGAAGAAGAGGAUCCUGAUGCUUUAGAGGAAAGGAGAAGAAGGAUUAAGGAAAGGUUGCGUGAGAGGGAGCAAGAAGAAGCUGCACUCCUCCCCUCCGAAGAUGAGGAAGAAGAUAAGGAAGAAGAGGAGGAGGAAGAGGAAUCGGAGUAUUCAACUGACUCAGAAGAUGAGCAUGGUGGUAUGAUGAUGCUCAAGCCAGUCUUUGUUCCCAAGGCUGAGAGAGAUACCAUCGCUGAACGUGAGCGAAUUGAGGCAGAAGAACUGGCCCUUGAGGAAGCAAGGAAGAAAAAAUUGGAAGAGAGGAAGAGAGAGACAAAGCAGAUUGUGGUUGAGGAAAUCCGAAAGGAUGAAGAGAUACAGAAAAGUAUGGAACAGGACGCUAACAUUGCUGAUAUUGAUACUGAUGAUGAACUUAACGAGGCAGAGGAGUAUGAAGCUUGGAAGGCAAGAGAGAUUGCCAGGAUCAAGAGGGAUAGGGAGGAAAGAGAAGCAAUGUUGAAGGAAAAGGAAGAGAUUGAAAGAGUAAGAAAUAUGACAGAGGAAGAGAGGAGGGAAUGGGAGAGGAAGAAUCCUAAACCUGCACCAAAACCAAAGCAAAAGUGGAGGUUCAUGCAGAAGUACCACCACAAAGGUGCUUUCUUCCAGUCAGACGCAGAUGACCAUGCUGCAACUGUGGGAACAGAUGGAAUUUUCACUCGUGAUUUCUCUGCUCCAACUGGAGAAGAUAAAAUGGACAAAACUAUAUUGCCGAAGGUCAUGCAGGUCAAGCAUUUUGGUCGUAGUGGAAGGACAAAAUGGACCCAUCUUGUCAAUGAGGAUACUACUGACUGGAACAAUCCGUGGACCUACAAUGAUCCUCUUCGGGCAAAGUAUAAUGCUAAAAUGGCCGGAAUGAAUGCACCUAUAGAAAAACCCAGAGGAAGCAAGAAAUUGAAGGAUCGGGAGUAUCAUUGAGGGUAAUGACUCUCUGUCUCAUCUGGGUGCUAGAAACCAGGAUUCAUUAUAAAUGUUGGGAGUCAGUACCGUUUGAGGAAAUAUCAGGCAGCUUCUCGCAAUCAAAAUGUAUAACAUUGUACAGAAGCCUAUUGAACACCAUGUCCCUUUAGAAUUUGGUCAUCCAUCUUGACCCUCCUCGUGCCAGAGGAUGGUAAGUAUGAACUUGUCAUCAGGCCAACAGCUCGCCACCUCCUUUGUGGAGCGUAUCUUCUCAAGGCUUUGGCCAGCUCUCACGGCACAAGUCCUUUUCUGUGGGUAAUUAACUCUGGGCUGCCCCAAGAUGACAGCAUCUUCCGGUGCUAGUGGUGUGCAUGCAAGACCACUGCGCUAGAUAAGUUGUGUAUUGAUAUGAAGGAACAUUUUCCCUACUAUAUAACCUAUUUUUUCUAAACUUUUAGAAAGAUAAAAAAUUAAAACUCAGGUGGGCACGGAACUCUCCUAUUUUUUGUUCUUA